UGCAAGAACCAGUUUACAUCCAAAAUGGCGCUCCACAAGAAGAAAGACGGUUCACCUAAUGUUAAAUUCUUUGAGACCGUUGAAACAAUUGCACAAUUUGAUUCUGUGAGAACAUGGCUAAACAAAAAUUACAAAAAGUAUACACAGGCAGAUCCACCAACAAACAAAAACCUUGCAAGUCUAGUGUGUCAGCUUCUGCAGUUUAUGGAGGAUGCAUUUGGUAAACAAGUCAGCAAUCCAGCCUUGACCAAAUUACCAAUGAGAUGUUUCCUUGACUUCAAGCCUGGUGGUUCUCUGUGUCAUAUCCUUGCUGCUGUCUACAAAUUUAAGAGUGACCAAGGAUGGAGGAGGUUUGAUUUUCAGUCACCAUCUCGCAUGGACAGGAAUGUAGAGAUGUUCUUACAGAUUGAGAAGACACUGGUCCAGAACAAAUGUCUGAUCAUGCCCAUUAUCUACAUUAUGACAGAUAUGGACAAGGUCAUUCUCCCGAAACUCAAGGACAUCAUUAAACGACAUCAGGGAACUAUCACAGAUGAUGACGAGGAGGCUACUCAUAUUAUACAUGUUCUGCCAUCACACCCACCAGCUGAGGAGGAGUUUAUUCGUCCUGUGAUGAAGAGGGAUCGUAAUGCAAUGAUACACUGGUGGUACACUCCUGACAGUUAUGAUACUUGGGUCCCUGAUGUAUCUCCAGAUCUGGAGAUAGAAACACCUCAGCACACAGGGGCAUGGGAGGUGACAGCCCGUUGGUUGUUAGAUCUAGAGGAGUACAAUGAAUGGAUGAAUGAGGAAGAUUAUCUGAUAGAAGAUGAGUAUGAAACGAGGAAAAAUAAACGUCCAAAGAACAAGUUUACAGUGGAAGAGUUCAUAGCCAACCAGGAAAGUGACAAAAGAGAAAAGAGAGACAAAAAGAGCAAAAGGAAGAGGUCUCCCUCCCCCAGCCCUGCCCCUUCAUCAGAGAAAAAGAAGAGAAAGAGCACAAGAACCCCAGGAGGACCAGGAAAUUCCAAAAAGAGGCUGAACAAAGAGGAUACAGAUGAUGACCUCACGAGGGACAUGGAUGAUCCCCUCCCAGAAACCAACAUCCAGGAGGUUCAGCUCUCCAAACAGUCCAGCAGUAACCGUAGUAACAAGGACAGUGAAAACCAGCCAAUCAAAGGAGGGAUGAUUAUGGACAUGGAUGAAGAAGCCAAUGACAAGCUUAUUGGUGAAGAUAGAGGUGAUGAAGAGGGAAUGGAUGAAGACACCAAGCGAGAGAAAGAGGAGGAGGACACAGUGACAGAACAGACCCACCACAUCAUCAUACCCAGCUACUCGGCCUGGUUUGACUAUAAUGCCAUUCACGCGAUUGAGAGGCGGGCAUUACCAGAAUUCUUCAAUGCCAAGAACAAGUCUAAAACACCAGAGAUAUAUCUAGCUUACAGAAACUUCAUGUUAGAUACAUACAGACUUAACCCCACAGAGUACUUAACAAGUACAGCAUGUCGGAGGAAUCUGGCAGGGGAUGUUUGUGCCAUUAUGAGAGUUCAUGCAUUCUUAGAGCAGUGGGGUCUGAUUAACUAUCAGGUAGAUGUGGACAACAGAGCUACAGCCAUGGGACCACCACCCACCUCUCACUUCCACAUCAUGGCAGACACCCCCUCAGGGCUACAGCCUGUAAACCCACCUAAAAUUAACCAGCCCUCUGCAGCCAAACAGAUUGUUUGUUUUGAUGACAAAGACAAAGAAAGAGAAACAAGCGAAGGUAGAGAGUUGUCAGACUUUAGUCUACGCAUGGAUAUGUAUGCCAAAAAAGCAUUGAAGGACAAGGGAGCAGCAACUCGUUCUCGUGAAUGGACAGACCAGGAAACAUUACUUCUACUAGAGGGAUUAGAAAUGUACAAAGAUGAUUGGAACAAAGUCAGUGAACAUGUGGGGAGUCGUACACAGGAUGAGUGCAUACUACACUUUCUCCGCUUGCCCAUUGAAGAUCCAUUCCUAGAGGAAAGUGACUUCAGUCAUGCAGGACCUUUAGCGUACCAACCUGUUCCUUUCUCUCAGACUGGAAACCCCAUCAUGUCUACGGUAGCCUUUCUGGCUUCUGUUGUAGAUCCCAGGGUUGCUGGUGCAGCUGCUAAGUCAGCUCUAGAGGAGUUCUCAAAGAUGAAGGAUGAGGUCCCUCCUGCUCUGACUGAUGCCCAUGUCAAGAUGGCAGAGGACGCCCACAAGGAAGGAAAAUCUGUGGAUGUAGAGUUUGGGCUUGAGAAAAGUGGAAUCGCAGGCACGGCUCCAGAGAAAGAGGAGGAAGAGCCUUCAAAAGAGGAGGAAGAAAAGAAAGAUGAAGAAAAGUCAGAUGAAAAGAAGGAAGAGGACAAGGAAGAAAAGAAAGAGGAGGCCAUGGAGACUGAUGCCAAGGAGAAUGAAGAAAAGAAAGAAGUGAAGAAGGAGGAGAAAGAAAGUGAACAAGAAAAUGCUGAGCAAACUAAACCAGAGACGGAUGUAAAAGAGGAGACCGAGGAGAAGAAAGCCGAGGACCAGAAGGAGACGGAGGAACAGAUCAAGGAGAAGACUGCCCUGGCGGUGGCUAAAAUCCCCAUCAAACCUGACGGCAAUGUGGCCACUGCUGCCGCAGCUGCUCUGGCAUCAGCUGCCGUUAAAGCCAAGCAUCUAGCAGCUGUUGAAGAAAGAAAGAUUAAGAGUUUGGUGGCUUUACUAGUGGAGACACAGAUGAAGAAAUUGGAGAUUAAGUUACGUCACUUUGAGGAAUUAGAGGCUAUUAUGGACAGGGAAAGAGAUGCAUUGGAGUACCAAAGACAGCAGCUUCUCCAAGAAAGACAGCAGUUCCACAUGGAGCAGAUUAAAGCUGCUGAACACCGUGCUAGACAGAUGGCCAUGCAGCAGAUGGUGACAGAACAGCGACAGCAGAACAUGGCAGGAGGGGACCAAGCUUCUGCUGUGGGACACAGCAUGGCUCCUAACCCCUCCCUAGCUGCAGCAGUGGGACAGAGUUAUCCACUUUCUGGGUCACCAAUGCCCCCACAAGGUCCACAGGCUACCCAGGGAUCUCCAGCUCCUCCCCCUCCUUCACAGACUACACUGCCACCCCCUACCCAGUCUGUCCCCAACAGCUCAGCAGAUGGGGACUCAUCAGGGACCACCACAUCCAAUGAGAUGCAAGCAGAACCAAUGGCAACAGACCCUCCACAGUCCACGGCUAUUCCUCCCUCACAAACCAUGAUUGGAAACAGUCCAGUCUCUUAACAUUACUGAAAUCAUUGUCAUCCUUUCAAAUCAUCAUCGAUCACAAGCUUUGUUUUCUUCAGAAGACUGCUGUACUUCAUAAAUCAAUGUGUGGCAUAUUGUGUUGUUGACAAAGGAAGGUGCUUAGCAUACAGACUCUAUGUGGACGAGGUCGUACAAAUGUUGUGUUCUCGUGCUGUUCUCAUCCCAGACUUUGUUGUUUAUCAUGUGAAUCUCUGUAUCAGUGGAGCAUUUACCUAUUUUGUAGUAUGAUGUAAUAAAUUUUAUGUCUAUCAGAAAA